UUGACUCUUGCGCUAAUUUACUCAACUAUUUUUUGUGUUUCAGAUGACAAAUCACGAGUGCUUGUGGUUCCUCUUGUGUGGCUGCGCGAUCACUGCCGUGAUCCCCAGAGUUACAAUGCGACGACAAACCAAAGAGUCUCCAACGCCACAGAUCUCUUCGAGAGGGCCGAAAUUGAAGGCGAGCAGAGCGUCAGUAUCGCGAAUGGAUCCGAUCUGACGGUCAGCUGGAAAGACGGGUUGCGAUCUGUUUUUCACGUCGAUGACAUCGUUAGGGAUUCAGAAGUGGAUCAACCGUAUCCAGUUGUCGAUUACAUGAAACCGUGGAAGCGGUUAGAAAAGGACGAAUUGCCGCGAAUUCACAUAUCAGAAUUCAAUAUGAAAUUCGUGGCAGAAUCGUUUGUUAAGUACGGUAUGGUAAUGAUCGACGGCGUAGACGCCAAUGCCCAAGCCACAGAAGAACUUUGUCGUCGGGUUGCGCCAAUUCAUGACACCUUCUUUGGUGCAUUCUGGGUGUUCAGCAACCAGGCGCAGGAGAAAGGAGAAGAGUACCAUGAAGACACAGCGUACGGUAACGAGACCAUUGGACCGCACACCGAUGGCACCUACUUUAAUCAGACACCAGGCAUUCAGGUAUUUCAUUGCCUUCAUGCAGCUGAACAAGGAGGUGAUACAGUACUAGUCGAUGGUUUUGAGUGUGCAGCGCAACUGAGGAGCGAAGACCCUGACGCCUUCAAGCUCCUAUCCGAAAGAAAGAUAGAACACCACUACGUUGAAACCGGAACUGGUAGCGAUGCGCUUUACUCGACAUCAAGAGAGAAACCGGUAAUCGAAUUGGACUCAUGGGGGAACAUCGUUCAAAUCAGGUGA